AAAAUGGCAGCCUCCUUAGAAGUGUGCCAUAUAGCUUGCUCCGCUAACCGCGCCGGCCCCGGAGUGAUUUCAUGGGGGAGAGGACCGCUGUUGGCUUUCGGGUCCUGUCGCUCUGUCAUUCUCUACGACCCACAGAAAAGAGAAGUAGUGGGAACAUUGAAUGGUCAUACUGACAGAAUUAAUUGUGUUCGGUGGAUUCACAGAAAAGAUGGAUCUUAUGAGAUGGAAUUAAUAUCUGGCGGGUCAGACAAACUUCUUAUUCUUUGGGAAAUUCAAAAUGAGAAGCUUGUGAAUGAUGUUCACCUUGAAGGUCACACUGAAGCAAUUUGUGCCAUAGAUGCUGUUUACAUGACAAAUGAAUCCACAAUAGGAUCAAAUCUAUUAAUAGCUUCUGCAGCUUCAGAUUCUACUGUCAAAAUCUGGUCCAGACAAGGAACAGAAGUUAAAUGCCUUCAGACAUUGUUGUUUGGAAAUGGAUUUGUCAUGGAUGUUUCGUUGUCCUUCUUGCCAGGCAAUGACAUACCAGUACUGGCUUGUGGUGGUGAUGACUGCAGAAUUCAUUUAUAUGUACAACAGGCUGGAGAGUUUCAGAAAUCUUUACUACUAUAUGGACAUGAAGAUUGGAUAAGAGGAGUUGAAUGGGCAAUUUGUGAUGGAGACCUGUAUCUGGCAAGCUGUGCUCAGGAUUGUCUGAUAAGAAUCUGGAAGAUGCAUGUAACUUCCUUGUUUGGGGAAGUCCAAGAUGAGGAUACUAUUAGGUUGAAAGAGAAUGUUUUCACCAUAAAAAAUAAUGAUGGUGUAGAUAAAUCUUUUGCAGUUACCUUGGACUCAGUGCUAGCUGGCCAUGAAAACUGGGUAUAUGGAAUUCAUUGGCAGCCACCAUGUUUCAAAGAUGGCAGGAUGGAACAGCCAAUGAGGUUGCUAUCUGCUUCAAUGGACAAAACUGUGAUCCUGUGGUCUCCAGAUGAAGAAUCUGGAGUGUGGUUGGAACAGGUCCGAAUAGGAGAAGUAGGAGGAAAUACGCUUGGAUUUUUUGACUGUCAGUUCAGCCCAGAUGGCUCAAUGAUUCUUGCUCACGCUUUCCAUGGAGCACUUCAUCUUUGGAAACAGACUUCUGCAAACAAGAGAGAAUGGGCUCCAGAAGUGAUGAUUUCAGGCCAUUUUAAUUGUGUUCAAGAUGUGAAGUGGGAUCCAGAGGGAGACUUUAUAAUCUCUGUUGGUUCUGACCAAACAACAAGGAUAUUCGCUCCAUGGAAAAGAGAGAACAACCCAGAGGUCUCAUGGCAUGAAAUGGCAAGACCUCAAGUCCAUGGGUACGAUAUGCAGUGUAUAGCACUGACAGGGCGGUUUCAGUUUGUGUCUGGAGCAGAUGAGAAAGUGCUUCGUGUAUUUACGGCACCUAGGAAUUUCAUUGAAAACUUCAGCAGUACUUCUGGAAUAUCUCUGGAGAAAUUAUAUUCUGGGCAAAUGGUGGAUCUUCCAGAAGGGGCUACUGUACCAGCCUUAGGUUUGUCCAAUAAGGCUGUCUUUCAAGCUGCAGAUACGAGAGCUCAAACAACUGAAGAAGAAAAUCUCAGUAAUGCUUCCAGCCAGUACCAUGAAAAUUACUUUCAGCCAUGUAGUCUGUCAGAGCCUCCCACGGAAGAUCACCUCUUGCAGAAUACACUAUGGCCCGAGACCCAAAAGUUAUAUGGACAUAGUUAUGAAAUUUUUUGUGUUGCCUGCAAUAAUGCAAACACUGUGAUAGCCUCAGCAUGUAAGGCUUCUAAAAAAGAAUAUGCAGCCAUUAUUUUGUGGAGCACCACAACUUGGAAACAAUUGCAGAGCUUACCUUUCCACAAUCUGACAGUCACGCAGAUUUCUUUUUCCCCAAAUGAUAAAUUCUUGCUAGCAGUUUCAAGAGAUAGGAAUUGGUCGCUUUGGAAAUCUAAUCGUAUCAAUCCAACGGAAUCAGAACCAGCCUUCAGCCUCUUUGCUUAUACAGAGAAGAACAUUGCUGUGCACAGUCGUAUCAUUUGGACUUGUGACUGGACCCCAGAUAGCAAUUAUUUUAUUACUGGAAGCAGAGACAAAAAGGUCAUGAUCUGGGGUAAAUGUUUAGCAGAGGAGACUAAAGAUAAGGACUUGGGCCCAAUCCAGGCUUGUUCACCAGUCUUGGAUGUUGGCGAUUCAGUCACUGCAAUUGGUGCUAGUCAUACACUUGCUUCUGAUGGGAGCUUCAUAAUUGCAAUUGGGACAGAAUGUGGGAAGAUUCAUUUGUACAAAUGGAAGCCAGGUGAUAAAAGGGUUCCACUUUCUGACUGGUGCAAGUGUGCUGAGACAGAUAACAGCCAAAGCCAUUGCCUUGCUGUCAAACGACUGCAGUGGAGAAAGCGUGUGGGCAGAGCGGGACAGGACACAGCAGAGAGCAGCAAGUGGCUGCAGCUGGUGAGCUGCGGGGCAGAUCACUGUGUCAAGAUCUUCAAUAUCAAUCGGGACAGCCUUUAAAUGGUGACUUUGGGGCAGAAAUACUCUACUUGUUGACAUCCCUGAGUACCAGCCAUUUCCUAAACGGAUUUAUUUAAAUGAAGCAAAAAUUGGACUUCUGGCUCUGAGAGCUAUGCAGUCUGAUACAAGUAUAAACUAAACUUAUAUAUUAAAGCAGU